AGAAGGCGAGAGAAUAAAGGACGCACAAAACUCCUGAAACGUAAAUCGUGAGAAAAGACACUUGAUUCGGUAAUGAAGACGCCCGAGACGUUGUAACGAGAGCCGUGCGAGGUGUGCAGUAUGUUGGAGCUUGAGGUUUAUCCAGAACAGUCGCUGAGCUCUGAAAAAUGGGAGUUUGUUUUAGGAAUGCACUUCAGCCAGGCUGUGGCUAUCAUUCAGCACCAAGUGGGCACCAUUCGUGGUGUGCAGGUCCUGUACAGCGACACCACCUCGCUGGAGACUGACCUGAUCCUGAACUUAUCCAACGAUGGAAUCCAGCUGUACUUUGACCCUGUGUGUCAGCGCCUCAAAGUAAUCGAAGUGUAUGACAUGAAGGCUGUCAAAUUAAAAUACUGUGGAAUCCCUUUCAACUCCCCCGAGGUUGUGCCAAGCAUAGAGCAGAUUGACCACUCGUUUGGCGCGACUCACCCAGGGAUCUAUGACUGUGAAAGGCAGAUAUUGGUGAUCAAUUUCCCGGGACUCUCCUUUUUCUUCCCUGUUGAUCAGAAAUAUCAGCCAUGCCUGAAUAAGGGCCUAGGAUCUCUUCAGUUCCCAAGUGGGGCAUCACCCGUAGUGUCUAAGAUGCUCAUUUACAAUGGGAACAAUCCAAACGAUACACGGGCACCCCCCCUGCCUGCCUUGUGUAUGCACAACCAGAUACACCUGGAAUCCCUUCUUGUCCUGAGAGAUAUGGGCAAGACAAAGGGUCUCAGACUCAACCUUUUUACAGAUGAUGGGAGGUCCCGCCACCAUGAGUCUCGCCAAAAUUUUGUACAGACCAUUUAUUUUGGAGCUUCAUGUCAGGAGGUCUCCGUAGCCCUGGGUGCACCAUCAAGAAUAUUCUACAAGUCAGAGGACAAAAUGAAGAUCCACAACGCACGUGCACGGAAGGCUACGACGCGCUCAGAUUUUUUCUUUAACUACUUCACGUUGGGAUUAGAUAUACUGUUUGAUGCCAAGACACAGCGAGCCAAGAAGUUUGUCCUCCACACAAACUUCCCUGGACAUUAUAACUUCAACAUGUAUCACCGUUGCGAGUUUGAGCUGCCCCUCACUGUUCCCCGGCAGCCAGAGGACACAACUCAGCUCAUUGAUUUGCCAUCCACUAUCACGGUCCAGAGUGUGACGUUAUGGGACACGCUGGGAUCAAGGAUCAAGCCGCGAGGAAGGCCUGUUGUCCUGCAUCGUUCUUCCUCCACCAACACCUCCAACCCCUUUGGCUCAACGUUUUGCCAUGCAUAUCAAGAUAUUAUAUUUGAGGUUAUGGCGAAUGGACAUAUAGCAUCGGUAACUUUAUAUGAGAGUGAAGAGGCUGCAUAGUACUGGGCUUAGGGAGAGAUCUAGAAGAUGCUGAGAAUCACACGGACGUCAGACGGAGGGAUGUUGUGCGAGCGGGGAUUGAAGCCCCAAAGCAAGCAAGACCGUCGUAGAUCUCACGCAGAAGAGUGUAUUGUCCAAGAAUGGCAACCUUGGAUAAAUACGAGAGUCUGUGAUUUGAAUGACUAAGUGUAACAUUCGGUAUAUGAUCUGUCUCCUUGAAAAUGAUAUGUGUACAAGCAAAUGCGUGUAUAUAUACUGGAAUGACCAUAUAUACAUGGAUAUGUAUGCACAUAAGGAAUU